AUGGCUUCGGCUGGACUAUUGAGCAUUAGCGCCGCGAAUGAUUCCCGCCGCUGGGUUAACACCAUUGGUGUGGUGGUGGAUGCUCUUGACCCUUGUCAGACCAGAGGGUCUUCAUACUGUGUCACGUUUACCAUCAAAGACUGCGAAUUUGAUGCCCCGAGCUGGCAAGGGGGCUUGAGAGUCAAAUACUUCAAUGACGAUGCUUCUACACUUCCUCCCGUCCAACAAAACGAUGUAGUUCUCCUUCGACACAUCAAAGUCAACGAGUUCAGAGGCAGUGUAAUGGCCGUUGCCUCACAGAAGGAAAGGGUGAGCUGGGCCAUCUUCCGGCUGCAACACGGCUCUAGCGAGGACAUAUCGAUCACUCGCGGGCCCGGUAAUUUUGAUGUUAAUCCAGAAGAAAAGAAGGCAGCGACCCUGCUUCUGAAGAAUCUCCAUGGAGAAGGACCAUCUGCGGCGCCACAACAACCAUCGCCUGCGCUGCCAACUCCAGUUCGAGCCCCAUCGCCCAGGCCAGUGGCAAAAACCGCUUGGACUAUUCCAGCUUCGGCCACGACCAGAAAGUCUGGGGGCCCUCCGUUCUCUCUCAUACAGGAUGUCCAGCCUGGACGGCUCAACCAAUUACUGGGCCAAGUGGUGAAGAUAAAUACCUACGACACCGAAAAGACUGUGAUCUACCUUACAGAUUACACGGCCAAUCCAUCUCUCAAUGACAUCAGGAAGGAAGACGACGAUCCCGGUGUCGAAGGAGAUGCUUAUGGGUAUUUGGCUAGGAAAAAGCACAAUUGGCCGGGUCCAUGGGGUCAACUGUCACUGCAAAUUGUGCUCUGGGAGCCACACGCCACCUUUGCGCGCCAGUAUGUCAAGGAUGGCAACCUCAUUCUUCUCACUUAUGUGCAUAUCAAGAAUUCCCCUAACGGGGGUAUAGAAGCUGCUGUGCACAGAGACAAGAGAUUUGAAGACAAAAUUCAUGUCCGUAUCGUCUCAGAGCAAUAUGACGACCAGACACAGCAGCUUAUGGAUCGUCGCAAAGCAUACUGGAAGAUCCACGGCGAGCCGAAAUCAAAUCUCAAGAAAGCAGACAGAAAGGCUGCGGCGAAGCAAAAAAAAAGCCAACAGAAGACCAAAGAAGUCCACAUCGAGGAAGGCCAAAAAGUACUACCCGCAGUGACCUCCCGAAAAAAGAAUUCCCAUAUCAAAUGCCGUGAUUACGGAGUUCCAAUUCGAUCGGUAGAAUCUAUCGUAUCAGCCGAGACUCACAUAAACCAUUUUUCUGGGGAUAUAAAAUACACUUUGCCAUUUCAAAAUGUCUGCUACCAGGUCCUCGUCCGUGUGGUUGAUUUCUAUCCUCCGAAUCUAGAGGAUUUCGCCGUGCAGGUUCCCAUGGAAUCUAUCCUCGACCACGAAGAGGAAAGAGACGAGGGAAGAGACCAUCAGUACAUGUCGUGGGAAUGGCGCUUUUGUCUACUUGUGGAAGGAACAGAGCCCGCAGCCUCAAAAGACCAGCCUCGAGAGCUCAUGAAGAUCUUCGUUACCGGUGGCGAAGGCGACCAUCUAUUGAACAUGGAUGCUGUGAACCUUCGUAACAAUCCAGGCCGAGUGCAUGAGCUUAAAGAAAAGCUUUUCCUUCUGUGGGGAGAUCUUGAAGAGAGCAAGGAGGCCACUGCUACUAUUGCGAACGAAUAUGGGUCUUGGGCACCGGUCAAGUCUUCGUCAUUGCCUUUCACUUGCUGUAUCAAAGAGUAUGGGGUAAGGUGUUCUCACGAGGACUCCGAUACUAUGGCCAUCGACGGCUCGGAUAGAGAGAUAUGUAGUCAGGCUGGAUGCUUUGGCUGGGAGAGACGAUUUGCUAUGUUCGGAACCACCAUUCACUCCUGA